AAAUCGGCAUAGAAAUUCCCAGACAGCGACCACCGAGCACUUGGAAACGACGGUGACCACUCGCGCAAACUUCCACCGCUUGCAAUGAACCCCUCCUCUGCACUCAUCUUGAGCGCCGCCGCACUGGCUUUGCUCUCAGUCUUAUUGGCUUUCAACUCCCAGCUUCUCUUUACCCCACCCACCAUCCCGGGCUCCCAAGACCUCCUCACCAACGCCGAUAUUCUCCCCGUCCCCGGCGCCCUUGGACCGGAAAGUCUUGCCUUUGACCCUAACGGAGACGGGCCCUACACCGGAGUUGCCGACGGCCGGAUUCUCAAGUGGGAGCCCGGUGCAGAUGGAAUAAGUGGCGGCCGUUGGGUCGAUUUUGCUGUCACCUCCUCUCAAAGGAAGGAUUGUGUUCGGCCAUUUGCUCCUGAAAUGGAGCACAUAUGUGGAAGGCCACUGGGCUUGCGAUUCGAUAAGAAAACUGGAGAUUUGUACGUUGCUGAUGCCUACUUGGGCCUACAUGUAGUGGGGCGGACUGGAGGAUCCUCCACACCACUGGUUAAAGAAGUUGAUGGUCAAUCUCUCCUCUUUACCAAUGAUAUGGACAUUGAUGAGGAUGAAGAUGCCAUUUAUUUCACGGAUACAAGCACCAAAUUUCAGCGGAGGCAAUUUAUUGCAUCGGUUGUGAGUGGAGACAGGACAGGCAGACUGAUGAAAUACGACAGGUCAACGAAAGAAGUGACAGUUCUAAUUCAAGGCAUCGCUUUCGCCAACGGUGUAGCGUUGAGCAAAGACGGGUCCUUUGUACUUGUAGCUGAAACUUCUACGGGUAGAGUGUUAAGAUACUGGCUCAAAGGACCUGAAGCCGGGAACCACACUACUUUUGCUGUUGUACCGGGAUUUCCAGACAACAUUAGGAGGAACUCGAGAGGGCAAUUCUGGGUCGCUUUACACGCCAAAAAAGGGGUUCUCGCUCACUUGCUCGUGUCUAAUCCGUGGCUCGGAAAGACGUUGUUAAAGCUCCCGUUCAACUUCAAGCAACUGCACCACUUGCUAGUGGGGAAGCCUCAUGCAUCUGCAAUCAAGCUCGGGGAAGAUGGGGAAGUCGUGGAGGUUUUGGAGGACAUUGAAGGCAAGAGCUUGAAGUUCAUAAGUGAAGUUGAGGAGCAUGAGGGGAAGUUGUGGAUUGGAUCUGUAUUGAUGCCUUUUCUUGGAGUUUAUAAACUGCCUUGAAGUUCUGUACAUCUUAGUAGACAAGAACAUGGGCGAAAAGCAGCCCAACAACAUAGUUAAUAAGACGAGAGUGAUUAAACAUAGGUUGUCGGUCUCGUACCAAGGUGGCUUUUGAAUCCAUCAUGUUAAAUCUUUCAUGUUCAGAAAAUAUAAGUAAUAUUUUCAUGCUAAAUAAGACCUUUUCUGUCUGUUAGGGAAAAUGAUAAUUUGAGUCUUGAGUUA